AGAUCCUGGGCAGAAUGGAGGAAUAUAUAGAAGCAGGCUCUGAACAAGGACUAGGGGACCAGAGGGUCCUAAUCGACAAUCCUGCUGACAUCUUGGUCAUUGCCGCUUAUUUCUUGCUGGUCAUUGGUGUUGGCUUGUGGUCUAUGUGCAGAACCAACAGGGGCACCAUUGGUGGCUACUUCUUGGCAGGACGAAGCAUGAUUUGGUGGCCGGUUGGAGCCUCUCUCUUCGCCAGCAACAUCGGCAGUGGCCACUUUGUGGGCCUGGCAGGGACUGGUGCUGCAAGCGGCUUGGCUGUGGCUGGAUUUGAGUGGAACGCGCUGUUCGUGGUGCUGCUGCUCGGCUGGGUCUUCGCUCCUGUGUACCUGACCGCAGGUGUCAUUACGAUGCCGCAGUAUCUGCGCAAGCGCUUCGGUGGCCAUCGUAUCCGCCUCUACCUGUCUGUGCUGUCACUAUUUCUGUACAUCUUCACCAAGAUUUCGGUGGACAUGUUCUCCGGUGCAGUAUUCAUUCAGCAAGCUCUGGGCUGGAACAUCUAUGCUUCUGUCAUUGCCCUCUUGGGUAUCACCAUGAUAUACACUGUGACAGGAGGACUGGCAGCACUAAUGUACACGGAUACUGUGCAGACCUUCGUCAUUCUGGGGGGUGCCAUCGUUCUCUCAGGUUACGCUUUCCACGAGGUGGGUGGCUAUUCAGGGCUCUUCGACAAAUACCUGGGAGCAAUGACUUCGUUGACGGUGUCCAAGGAUCCGGCUGUGGGCAACAUCUCCAGCUCCUGCUAUCAGCCACGGCCCGACUCUUACCACCUGCUCCGGGACCCUGUGACAGGGGACUUGCCUUGGCCUGCACUGCUCGUUGGGCUUACCAUCGUCUCAGGCUGGUACUGGUGCAGUGACCAGGUCAUAGUGCAGCGCUGUUUGGCUGGAAAGAACCUGACCCACAUCAAGGCGGGCUGCAUCUUAUGCGGCUACCUGAAGCUUUUGCCCAUGUUUCUCAUGGUCAUGCCAGGCAUGAUCAGUCGCAUUCUUUACCCAGAUGAAGUAGCCUGUGUGGUACCGGAGGUGUGUAAACGCAUAUGUGGGACUGAGGUGGGCUGCUCCAACAUCGCCUACCCACGGCUUGUUGUGAAACUCAUGCCCAAUGGUCUUCGUGGACUUAUGUUGGCUGUCAUGCUGGCCGCACUCAUGUCCUCGCUGGCGUCAAUCUUUAACAGCAGCAGCACACUUUUCACCAUGGACAUCUAUACACGCUUGCGGCCUCGAGCAGGCGAAGGGGAGUUGCUGAUAGUUGGACGGAUCUGGGUAGUGUUCAUUGUGGCAGUGUCAGUGGCCUGGCUACCAGUAGUGCAGGCAGCACAGGGCGGGCAGCUCUUCGAUUAUAUCCAGUCAGUCUCCAGCUACUUGGCACCACCUGUAUCUGCAGUCUUUGUGCUUGCCCUCUUUGUGCCCCGUGUUAAUGAGAAGGGUGCCUUCUGGGGACUGAUUGGAGGCCUGCUGAUGGGCCUGGCACGCCUUAUUCCUGAGUUCUCCUUUGGGUCUGGCAGCUGUGUGAGACCCUCAGCAUGCCCAGCACUCAUUUGCCGGGUGCACUACCUGUACUUUGCCAUCAUGCUCUUCGUCUGCUCUGGCCUCCUCAUUCUCAUAGUCUCCCUGUGCACUGAGCCUAUUCCUCAAAAGCAUCUUCAUCGCCUGGUUUUCAGUCUCCGGCACAGCAAGGAGGAACGAGAGGACCUGGAUGCUGAUGAGCUAGAAGGUCCAACCUCUCCGCCUGUACAGAAUGGGUGUCCAGAGCAUGCAGUGGAGAUGGAGGGUAAGUCAUUGCCUAGGGAGGUGGCCUGGGAACUUGGGGGGCGAAUUUCCUUCAAACUAACCGUAGUACCUCAAUUUCUCUUAGAACCUCAGUCCGUGGCACCAGGUUUAUUCCGCCAGUGCCUGCUCUGGUUCUGUGGAAUGAGUAGGGGUCGUGCAGGUGGUCCUCCACCCCCUACCCAGGAGGAAGUGGCUGCAGCAGCCAGGCAGCUGGAGGAUAUCAGUGAGGACCCAAGUUGGGCUCGUGUAGUCAACCUCAAUGCCCUUCUUAUGAUGACUGUGGCCACAUUCUUCUGGGGUUUUUAUGCAUAACAUCAAAUGUGUUGGAUACCAUGAGCCAUAACUAGGGUAGGGCUCAUCCUCACAAUAACUGGGGAUGGAGAACCUAUAGUAGUUCCCAGGGAAGGGAGGAGAAGGGGCAAAAGUAGAAUGGGAAGGUCUUCGUUCUUCCUGCCUUAUCUCUGCCUGGGGUCCAGUCCAUCUGAUUGGCAGUCACUUCCUAUGAGGCCUUGGCCAACCUGCCAUAUCAAUUCACCUAAAGCAAAAAUAAAGUUGCCUUUCCUAUGUCC